AUGAAUAAAGAGGGGAGAGAUGGCGGUGAGGGAGAGUUGAGAUUGCAGAGCAUCAGUGCUAUUCCUGCACAGCUCUACUUGCACCAUGAACAAUAUGCCAUCCAUGACUUUUUGGCAGGAUUAAUGGAUCUAGAGGAGAGCAUAUCAGUGCUGCCCAUGAUUUGGACGCAUCUACCAAACAAAGCAAAAGCACAAGUGGGUGAGCAAAUUGGUGAAAUUCAUGUUGGAAUUGGAGAGUUCUUAGAUGCAGAAGGGAAGAACAUAAUGCAUUUGGCAGUGGAGCAUAGAGGAGAGAAAGUAUUCUUGUCGUUAAGAUCGGUGGGCACGCUUGUUUACAGUAUGGUCAUGGGCAUUGAUCGACUCGGCAACUCUUUCCUGCAUUUUGCUGGAAAGCUUGGGAAAUGUCAGCAAUCCAAAGCACUGGCGUGUCCACAACAUAUGCAGAGGGAGCUAUUCUGUUUCAAGGUUAAGUAUGCAUACCAUUUAAACGACAAAGACACACAUGACCAAACUGCACAAGAGUUGUUCACUGCAACACAUGGUCGCCUGGUGAAAGAAGGUGAGGUGUGGCUGAAAAAAGGUGCACAAUCAUGGGUGAUUGUAACCAUACUGAUUAUCGCCUGCCAGGUGAAAGAAAUAACGCCUUAA